GGACCCUGGGGCCGCGGUCGUAGCAGCGCGGCCGCCGAGGCCUCCGCGGUGCUCAAGGUGCGGCCCGAGCGCAGCCGGCGCGAGCGCAUCCUCACGCUGGAGUCAAUGAACCCGCAGGUGAAGGCGGUGGAGUACGCGGUGCGGGGGCCCAUCGUGCUCAAGGCCGGCGAGAUAGAGCUCGAGCUGCAGCGGGGUAUCAAAAAACCAUUCACUGAGGUCAUACGAGCCAACAUCGGGGAUGCCCAUGCCAUGGGCCAGCAGCCAAUCACCUUCCUACGACAGGUGAUGGCACUCUGCACCUACCCCAACCUGUUGGACAGCCCCAGCUUCCCAGAAGAUGCUAAGAAGCGAGCCCGGCGGAUCCUACAGGCUUGUGGCGGGAACAGUCUGGGUUCUUACAGUGCCAGCCAGGGUGUCAACUGCAUCCGUGAAGAUGUGGCUGCCUAUAUCACCAGGAGGGAUGGUGGCGUGCCCGCAGACCCAGACAAUAUAUACCUGACCACGGGAGCUAGCGACGGCAUUUCUACGAUCCUGAAGAUCCUUGUAUCAGGGGGUGGCAAGUCACGGACAGGUGUGAUGAUCCCCAUCCCGCAGUACCCCCUGUACUCAGCGGUCAUCUCUGAGCUCGAUGCUGUUCAAGUGAACUACUACCUGGAUGAGGAGAACUGCUGGGCCCUGAACGUGCAUGAGCUCCGGCGGGCAGUGCGGGAGGCCAAGGACCACUGUGAUCCCAAAGUACUCUGCAUCAUCAACCCCGGGAACCCCACAGGCCAGGUACAAAGCAGAAAGUGCAUAGAAGAUGUGAUUCACUUUGCCUGGGAAGAGAAGCUCUUUCUCAUGGCUGACGAGGUGUACCAGGACAACGUGUACUCUCCAGACUGCAGAUUCCACUCCUUCAAGAAGGUGCUUUAUGAGAUGGGGUCUGAGUAUUCCAGCAACGUGGAGCUUGUCUCCUUCCACUCCACCUCCAAGGGCUACAUGGGCGAGUGUGGCUACAGAGGAGGCUACAUGGAGGUGGUCAACCUGCACCCCGAGAUCAAGGGCCAGCUGGUGAAGCUGCUGUCAGUGCGUCUGUGUCCACCAGUGUCUGGUCAGGCUGCCAUGGACAUUGUUGUGAACCCCCCUGUGCCAGGAGAGGAGUCCUUUGAGCAGUUCAGCAGGGAAAAGGAGUCAGUCCUGGGCAAUCUGGCCAAAAAAGCAAAGCUGACAGAAGACCUGUUUAACCAGGUCCCAGGAAUUCACUGCAACCCCUUGCAGGGAGCCAUGUAUGCCUUUCCUCGGAUCUUCAUUCCUGCCAAGGCUGUGGAGGCAGCUCAGGCCCACGCAAUGGCCCCCGACAUGUUCUACUGCAUGAAGCUCUUAGAAGAGACUGGCAUCUGUGUUGUGCCCGGAAGCGGCUUUGGGCAGAGGGAAGGCACUUACCACUUCAGAAUGACCAUUCUGCCUCCAGUGGAGAAAUUGAAGACGGUGCUACAGAAGGUGAAGGACUUUCACGUGAAGUUCCUGGAGAAGUAUGCGUGAGGGCCCCUUGGGCCCAGGGGAGGGCCCCCUUCCUGGGCCUCCCUCCCGAUGCCUGUCCAGGCCAGGCUGAACGCAGCUCACUAAGUGACUCUGCCUCCGACCGCACAGAGGUGACAGGUCACGUUCAUCAUCACUUUGCCCCAGGAGACUUCUGACUUCUUUCCUUGUGCCUUGAUGUUGGGAGCGCUUCUCUUCUGAGCAAACAUGAGUUC